AUGACUCUAACCAAAGAAAUAAGCUUGCCAUCAGGUGCAAAGUAUACUCAACCGCUGGGUCUUUUCAUCAACAAUGAAAACGUGGAUUCUUCUUGUGAAGAUGUUGUGAAAUCGUAUAAUCCAGCUACUGGUGAGGCAAUAGUAGCAAUUCAAGCAGCGGAUCCCAAGAAGGAUGUCGAUAGAGCUGUUAAAGCCGCAAGAGAUGCAUUUGGGGGGUGGAAAAAUUUGCCAGCAACUGAGAAAAGAGACUUAUUCUACAAGCUAUGCAGUCUCAUAGAGGAAAAUUUGGAGCUGCUGGCGGAGGUUGAGUCUCUUGAUACCGGGAAACCCGUGGAGACGAAUGCAAAAUAUGACAUCCAGGAGCUUAUCGCAGUGCUGAAAUAUUACGCUGGUUGGAUUGAUAAGAACAACGGGCAGUCAUUUGUUCCGCAACCAAACAAGUUAUGCUAUACUGUGCAUCAGCCAUUGGGUGUUGUAGGAUGUAUUAUUCCGUUUAAUUACCCAUUAGCGAUGAUGUCGUGGAAAUGGACAGCCAUCGCCACUGGUAACACGGCAGUUUUUAAAUCUGCUGAGCAAACGCCACUAUCCAUCCUUUUCUUUGCGCAACUGGUGGCCAAAGCAGGUUUUCCGCCUGGUGUGUUCAACGUUAUAUCUGGUUUAGGUGAAACUGUGGGCGAUUCGUUGGUCAAGCACCUUGGCGUUAACAAGAUUGCCUUUACUGGUAGUACAAAAGUUGGCCAGAUAAUCCAAAGAAACGCCUCAGUGAACUUGAAGCCAAUCACACUUGAAUGUGGGGGGAAGUCGCCGCUUAUGGUAUUCGACGAUGCUGAUAUUGACCAAGCUGUAAAAUGGACCGCUUUCGGCAUCUUUAAUAAUAUGGGUCAGAUUUGUUCAGGUACUUCUAGAUGCUUUGUUCAGGAAUCGAGUUAUGAAGCAUUCUUAACAAAACUAGCGAAACACGUUGAAGACGAAUACAUCGUAGGCAACCCAAUUCAUGCAAAAACUGUCGUUGGUCCUCAAAUAUCAAAAGACCAACAAUCUACAGUACAAAAAUAUAUUAAGAUUGGCAUAGAUGAGGGCUGUAGAGUGGUACUUGGUGGUCUGGGACUGCCAGAAAUUGUGGAAAAUGAUGAGCAGUUGUCUAAGGGUUACUACGUCAAGCCGACCAUUUUGGCUGAUGUGAAGAAUCAUUUCAAGAUUGCACAGGAGGAAAUUUUCGGCCCCGUUAUCGUCAUUGGUACGUUCAAGGACUUUGAUGAUGCUUUGGAGAUUGCUAACGAUGUUCAAUACGGUUUGGGAUCUGCCAUUUUCUCCAAGGACUUGGUCAAAUGCCACAAAUUCGCCCAUAAUGUUGAAGCCGGUAUGUGUUGGAUUAACUCAUCCAAUGACGUAGAUAUUAAUGUGCCAUUUGGUGGUGCAAAAAUGAGUGGGUUUGGCCGCGAAUUGGGAUCAUACGGGUUAUCCAAUUUUACCUCUGUUAAAUCUGUCUACGUAAACCUUGGCGAUCAACUAUAA